CUGCGACCCCGCGUAUGGCUAGCUGUGUCCUCUGCAGCAGAGAUACCCGCCGCCCACUUCCUCCUCUCCUAUAUAGCUGUCGCUGAGCUCGAGCCGCCGCUCCACCUCCGUAUCCGCUCACCCGCCCGCUCUCUUCCGUUUCGCUGCGUUCCAGGUCCACGAGCCUCGGGACAGUCCAUCCAUCCCCAUCCUCGCGCCGGUUCGUUAAGAUCGCGCUCGCCAGCCUGUCAAGCUUCGAGUCUGAGGCCUCGCCGUUGCGGCCUCGAUCGACCACAGAGAGCGGGCAGGGCCAGGUGGGGUUGGAGGAGAACGAUCCAUGGCGGCGCUGUACGCGGACCUCGACGCCCUCCGGGCGUCGGCGGCCGACGUGCGGAUCGUCACCUCGGACGGCCAGACCAUCGCCGCGCACUCCUACGUCCUCGCCGCGGCGUCGCCGGUGCUGGAGAGGAUGAUCGACGGGGCGCGGCGCGGCGGGCGGGACGGGUGCACCGUCCGCGUCCUCGGCGCGCCCUCCGACGCCGUCCUCGCGUUCCUCCACCUCCUCUACGCCGCCCGGGCGGAGGCGGCCGUGGUGGCCGCGCACGGGCCGCAGCUGCUGGCGCUGGCGCACGCGUACCGCGUCGGGUGGCUCAAGCGCGCCGCCGAGGCGGCCGUGUCGGCGCGCCUCGCCCCGGGCGCCGCCGUCGACAUGCUCAAGCUGGCGGGGCUCUGCGACGCGCCGCGGCUGCGGACCGCGUGCGCGCGCCUGGCCGCCCGGGACCUCGCCGCCGUCGAGGCGUCCGACGGGUGGCGCUUCGCGCGGCGCCACGACCCGGCUUUGGAGCAGGAGCUCCUGCAGCUGCUGGAGGACGCGGCCCGCCGCCGGGAGCGGUGGGCGCGGGGCCGGGCCUCGCGGGAGGCGUACCGCCAGCUCGCCGAGGCCAUGGACUCGCUCGACCGCAUCUUCGCCGCCGCCGACACCGCCGACGACGACGCGUGCCCCGCGGGCGGCGAGCCGUGCGCGAGGAAAGACGGCGCGUGCCAGCAGGGCCUGCGGCUGCUGAUGCGGCACUUCGCCGCCUGCGCGCGCAAGGCCGCGCCGGGCGGGUGCGCGCGGUGCAAGCGCCUUGUGCAGCUCUUCCGCCUCCACGCCUCCGUCUGCGACCGGCCGGAGCAGGGCCAGCCCUGCCGCGUCCCGCUCUGCAGCCAUUUCGCGGCGAGGAUGCAGGCGGAGAAGGCGGACAGGACAUGGCGACUGCUGGCGACGAAGGUGGCGAGGGCCAGGGCGAUGGCCCGGCUGGCGGACCGGCGGGUGCCGGAGGUCGUGGCCAUGUCGUGGGCGAGGUACCUCAGCAGCAGCAAAUGGGCGAAGCUGAGAUGAAGAUCCGCCGCGCGGCGCGGUGCACAAUCGCAGGACCUCGCCAGCUCCGAAUCCUUGCGCAAAUUUUUGGCCGCUGGGCGACGGCAAGAUGCGAUGCCCAGCGUGGCAUUGCCUUGAGCCGGUCCGGGUGGAAAUGCAGGGCGGAGUCGAUUUAGAUAGGAUAGGCUUUGAUGUUUAUUUUUUUUAGACGUGAUCAGGAGGAUAUGUGUGUAUAGUACAAUUUUAUAUACGUACUUAAAUUGGACUUGUAUACAAGAAUUCGUAAGCAAUUUAUUUAUAUUUUCCGAAAACUUUUGG